GGCCAUGCUAGAAUCAAACCACUUCCAGGCUUCGGUCCUUGCACUUCUAUCUGGAUUGUUACCUUCAGCAAUAACUAAUUAAUCAUGGAAGUAGAUCUUGUCAACAGGGAUCCCAACGGUCUUAAUGACCAUAUUAAGGUCCAGUUCGAAGAUGUCUUGGCUGAACCCGAGGGAGCCCGUAGUAUCGACUGCGUCUGGAAGCUGUCUUACACCUGUUUCAAUCUUUGGCUCGGUGUUUGCUACAAACUUUUGACCCUCUUCUACGGAAUCUGUAUUGCCGCCGAGUGGGGUUGCGAAUUCGCCUCCAUUGCUUUCUACCAUAUUUGGUACAUCACUCCGAUACUGAGAGUUUGCGAGAUCAAUUGUGCUGUGUUCACCAAGGUUACCAAGACCUGCAUGAGCUGUUGUUUGGAGCCAUGUUGUGAAGCGUGCGGUUCCCUGUUUAUCCAUUUCAAGAAAUAAACAGUUUAGAAAUACAAUUUAUCGUCUGCUUCUCUACCAUGAAAAUUGUUUUGAUAACCAAAAAUAAAAGCAAUGUUGAAUGACUGACCAGUAAACUUGUGAUGGAUAAAAUUGCGUUGCUAGACUUUCGUUUUUUCGCGGGAACAUAUCUAAACAAUUGGAUAUCAUUUUUUUAAACUGCAUUUUUGUCAUAAAUAUUAGUAUUUAAAGUAAUUUAUUGCAAAUAAACCAAAUGUGAUUUUAUAGAUAUAUGUAACAAGUAACCUUGUAACAUAUUUUGUUGAGUUUUAAUAAAAUAAAUUUCAAAAUAUA